AUGGAGGUGGCAGUAUUAUGGUUUGGGCCUGCUUUGCUACCUUUGGCCCAAGAUGGCUUGCUAUCAUUGAAAAACUAUAAACUAGGGAAUAAUUUACCAACAGAUUUGGAUGGAAAAAUAUCAGGAAAAAAGGGGGAGACAAUACAAACAAAAACAUAUUUAUUGUAUCUUGAAUCCUUAUUCAGGGGAUAUUUUCUAAUUUUUCUUGCAGAAUCAUCUUGGUGUUAUGAAGUCCAAGUAUGUUCAACUGGUUGUAAAGGCCCCAGGAACUGGAAACAUAUUUAUUCUGAAUGUGGUGGGUCACAGCAAUCUCCAGUUAACAUUAUGACGAAGAAUACAACAUAUAAUUCUUUGCUGAGGCCUUUUCAGUUUAAAGGCUACAAUGUGACACAUGCCUUGCCCAUUACAAAUAAUGGGCAUUCUGCGCAAGUUGAUCUACCAACAGAUGCCCAAAUUUCAGGAGGAGGACUUGUGGGAGUUUAUGAAGCUAAACAACUCCACUUUCACUGGGGUAGUGCAGACAUUGCUGGAUCUGAACACACAAUAGAUGGUGAAAGAUACCUAAUGGAGCUUCAUGUAGUUCACAGAAGGAAAGCCAUAAAAGAAGAAAAUAUUAGUAUCAGCAAAGGAGAUAUGGCUGUUCUCGGAUUCUUUUUUGAAGUAAGUCCAUAUUUUGUUCAUUUAAAUCAAACCAAAUCAUUUCCAAACUGCGGCCAAGACUAUAUUGUAAGAUUUUUCCUUAAAUGA